GCCUUGCGCACAGAUCUAAGCCAGCUGCUUUGAUUAAACCACUACGCAGCAAGACUGCAAGACCAUCCAUCCCCCAACCAUUAGAGCAGCUCUGCAAACAGCAGGCGAGCACAUGCAAACUUUAGCUUUGUGGACAUUUUUUUUAAUCUGCCGGGAGCUCACCAAGGAGACCUUCUGUUUGCAAUUCUCCCUCCAUAAAGGGCACUAGAGGCCCUGCGACCCCCGAGUGAGUGUGAAGCUCUGCGGAGGAGGGGAGGAGGGACGUUAGUGGGAGGUGGGAGGCCUACGGUGGGGCUGCUUCCAGAAAGGAGACAGACGAAGAAGUCGCCAGGAAGCGAGGAGAAGAUGGCCACAGGAGAGAUCACAACGCUUCCCACCACGCCUGAAGACGGCGGCAGUGGCGGCUUCCCCCCCGGAACCUUCAAGGAGCCCAAGAGGUUGUACUGCAAAAACGGGGGCUUCUUCUUGAGGAUAAAGGCAGACGGAGGCGUGGACGGAAUCCGGGAGAAGAGCGAUCCCCACAUAACACUCCAGCUGCAGGCGACCUCAGUGGGGGAGGUGGUCAUCAAAGGGGUUUGUGCCAACCGCUACCUGGCCAUGAACAGAGACGGACGACUGUUUGGAGCGAGACGCGCAACGGAGGAAUGCUACUUCUUGGAGCGUCUGGAGAGCAACAACUACAACACUUACCGCUCCAGGAAAUACCCCACCAUGUACGUGGCGCUGAAGCGGACAGGCCAGUACAAGUCGGGAAGCAAAACCGGACCGGGUCAGAAGGCGAUACUCUUUCUCCCGAUGUCCAGCAAAUGCUAACCAGGGAUGAGGUUGGCUAAACGUAAACGUCUUAGGUGUGAUGGCAGUGAAGGAAGGUACUGUAUGCCGCCACUGCCUGGCAUAGCUGUGAUCUUUUACGACUCAUUUAUUCCCCACACACCUGCUCGCGUUUUUUUUAAACAAUCGCGACUUGGCUUUUUACUGCAGAGUGAAAAGAAUGCUGCAGACAACUUCAGCUUCUGACCUUUUAAAGAAGGGCAUUGACACACCUUUUGAACUUAAAACACUUAAGAGGACUUGCAUCUUCCCGAGGUGUCUUGCAGUCUUUGCACCGCACUGGAGCAGAACACAAACACCAAAUCCAAGGCAAGUGAAGUUCAGUCCAGUGACUGGCAGCUUCCUGCAAUGAAAGAAGAUGACGAAGCUAGCUUAGACAUUAGCUUAGAUGGUUUCUGCUUCCCAACUCAUCAAACACGACCAUGCCCCUAAAGCAGGUUUCAGUCUUGGGAGGGAAGUCACCAACUGAUAAAAUCAAAUCGACUGCUACCUUGGUUUUUGUAUGUCUGCGCUUUCGAAGGAUACGUUUUUUGACAAAUUAUUGCCAAACCGAGACUUACUUUAACAAGUCAAUUUGCUGCCUAUCGUUCUGCGGAAUCGAGUGCCCAAACGAAGCAUCUCGGCAUUGGUGUCUCGGGUUCUGUGAAGAAUGGAAGUGUUUUUUGUUUUUUUUUUAGAGUUGGGACGCAUUCAUCAUUAUUCUGCGUGUGCGGGUGUUUUUUUUUUUUUGUUUGCUCAUAAUUUUAUUUGUUCAUAAUUUGCACGCAGACCAAUUGACAACUCUGUACAGUAAUCCCUCACCACUUUGUGCUUCAAAUUUUACGGCUCCAAUCUAUCAUGGUUGUUGAAAAAUAUUUUAAUUCAUAAAUCAUCCCUGUUUUGUGGUUGAAUACGACCUAUUAGUAGUACAAAAAAAGCAUUUAAGCAUCAAAAUGGGUCAAUGAAAUAAAACAGACAUGUUGUAAUAUAUAGUAUUCUACACUGGUCCCUAGGUGUCAGUAAUGUUAGCAGGAAGUACAAAAAGAACAAGGAACUCUCCCAAUGCUAAUGCGCGUGAGUUUUUAUUAUGUCUUAUUUAUGUCUUAUUAUGUCUACUAUAUUGGGUAAUAGGAGUGUAAAAGUGACUAUAGGGGUGUUAUGUAUAUAUGUGUUAUGUCAAGUCGAGAGGGCUCUAAUGGUAAAAAAUGUAUUUAGAAAGUUGUGAUCUAACAAUGAAAAGAUUCCAUUUGUAAAGAAGGAAUCCUACUUUGUGGAAAUUCACUUGUUACGGUUCGGUCUGGAACCAAUGAAUCACGGUAAGCGGGGGAUCACUGUAUGAGCCGUUCAAGUGCACUGCGUAUUUCGUAGUGUUCAGAUGAUUUUUCAAGUUUUGUGCAUCUGCAACUGGACUUGAGGUCUGCCAAUGAGCCAGUAACGGUAUCUCCUCCUCCAAUUUUCACAGAAACAUGCAUUAACCUAAUGUCAUUGAAAAGACAUUUCAUUUGGAACAUGCUUGAUUCAUUUGAAACACUUUUUUUUUAGCUUUUAAGUGUUAAAAAGUGAAGGCGAACAAAGGCCAACCCCUAACCCGCCACGGUCCGGCAGCGAAAUGACACACCCAACUCCAACUGGGACUUAAAAUCGCAUACUUUUUAUACUGGGUUCAGGUCUUCAAAGUGUAGGGGCACUGCCCCCAGUGGUUUGUUGGUGUUUGCUGAGUUGGGAUGACAGGACAUCUUUUUGUCAAAUGCACUGUUGCUGUCUGAAAUGCGGAUCUUAAAACAUAACCAGCUUUCCCCACAUGGCCUGAGUGGGCUCAACGGCGUUGAAGUCCGUCAGUAGGCAGUAGUGUUGAUUUGUGUGAACGCACAGCACGCAAGUCCAAAGAAAACCAGGUCCGGUCCUGACCCCGCGACUAAGAUGGAGGAAUCUGUCGGUGGUACAGCUGGUAGAACAUCCCAGAAUAGACCGCCGGCAGCUCCUCCAUGGUGAGGUCGAUGUGCUGGAAGCCGCGCUCCAGGCCGUGGAGCAGCAGCUUGGCCACGCGCGACGUGAUGGGCGUGGUCUCGGCGGUCCGGGCCAGCUCGGCCAGGCCGAGCCACUCGCAGCGCAGACACUCGUGGGUGCAGAAGUUGAUGCGGUAGCUGAGCGGGCUGAGGCGGCAGAUGAUGUACAUGUCGGACACGCCGAAAGCGCCCGGGUGCCGGUGCUGCUGCCGGAUGCUCAGCAGGGAUCGGAACUCGGAGCGAACGCCCGUUUCCUCAAAGACUUCCCGCACCGCCGUCACUCCUGUAUGGUGAAAAAGAGUGGCGUUCAUGUCUAUUUUUCUAACAACUACGAUACUAAAGCUGCUUUAAACGUGUAUGAAUGGACGGUAACUCUUUCUUUGCAUGCAUCGUAUGCACUUCCAAUGAAUGUACUCCAUAAUCCAGCAAGCUGGGUUAGCCGGUACUGUAUUAGCUGCUUGCUAAGAGACUCACCGAUAUUCUCUCCUGGAUCUGACAAACCGCCGGGAAACUUCCAAGCAUUCAGACUCUGACAAAAAACAAAGUUGGAGAUAAUUAUUGAUAAAUUUGUAGUGGCUAAAGGCUUCGUUGCGCUACCCUGUUAGAGCUCUUUGGCUUAAAAUUCUCUGCCAAAACGCUAGGGGGCAGAGUUUUUCUAGCUGACUAGCUGUUUAGUUUCCUGUGUAAUAGUCAUCGUGAGCAGUGGCAGUUUUAUGGUGGGAAAACUGUUGAAUCGCCAUUGAGUUUUUUUGGAGGUGAGCGUCAAGCUCCGCCCGCCAGAGGGUUUGAAGGUCGACGCAAUAGCAUCGUGAAGCCUUCACGCUACAUGGGACGUGUCAAAACAAGAGCACUAUGGAUUUUGAAUCCUAUUAAGACCCGAUUGAGUCAAGUGUCAAACCUUUCAGGGACUACUGCUCUAUGACCAAUCAAGAAUUCUAUUUAUUGUUACGGAUUCUCAAGCUGUUAUCUGUGAGGUCACAUGAUGCAUGCAUGCAGUUUUGGCCUCAAUUUUGAUCAGACUUUCAGGGAUGAAGGGGCCGUAUUGGUUUUUCGCAAGGCAUUCAACAAGGUCAAGGGUUAAAUCAACACAACCUGUGCCGCUGUUCUGCCAAUUACAGUCUUGCAAAAAAGUGUUUGCACCCUCCCUUGACUUCUUUUUUUUUUUUGCAUGUUUUGCAACUUAAACGUUUCAGAUCAUCAAAGAAAUGUAAGUAUUAUUUAAUGACAACGCAACUGGACACAAAAUGCAGUUUUUAAAUGAAACUUUUUAUUAUUAAGGGAGAAAAAAAAUCCAAAGCUACAUGGCCCUGUGUGAAAAAGCGAUUGCCCCCUAAAGCUAAUAAGUGGUUGGGCCCCCCCUUAGCAGCAACAACUGCAAUCAAGCGUUUGUGAUAACUUGCAAUGAGUCUCUUACAGCGCUGGGGAGGAACUUUGUAGAAUUGUUGUCAUUCAGCCACAUUGGAGGCUUUUCCAGCAUGAAGCGCCUUUUUAAGGUCAUGCCACAGCAUCUCAAUAGGCCACUCCAAAGUCUUCAGCCAAUCAGAGGUGGACUUGCUGGUGUGUUUUGGAUCAUUGUCCUGCUGCACAACCCAAGUUGCUUUCAGCUUGAGGUCACCAACAGAUGGCCGGACAUUCUCCUUCAGCAGAAUUCAUGGUUCAAUUUAUCACAGCAAGUCUUCCAGGUCCUGAAGCAGCAAAACAGCCCCAGACCAUCACACUACCACCACCAUAUUUUACUUUUGGUAUGAUGUUCUUUUUCUGAAAUGUGGCGUUACUUUUACGCCAGAUGGGACACACCUUCCACUGUGAUUCGCUGGAGUCCCAAAGCUUUAAAAAUAGCUUUAACCUUUUCCACACUUUCCAUACAUCUCAAUUCAUCUCAGUUAUGUUUUAACAUUUUCUCCCUUAAUAAUAAGUUUCAUUUAAAAACUGCAUUUUGUGUUCAGCUGUGUUGUCAUUGACUCAUAUUUAAGCUUGUUUUCACACUUUUUCACACCAUUGUAGGUACAGCUUGUUAGCAUGUCUACAUGUGUUGCUUUACUAAAUAUCAAAGCGGCAAAGUUGCAUCCUUUGAUUUUUCACUAUGUGGCCCUCACUGGAAGAAGUUUGGACACUCCCGCUUUAAGACCAUUGUUUUAGCUUCACUAUUGUUCCGCAUCAAAGCAAGAAGCCUUCUCGUUUUGAAAGCUAUCCAACAGAAGACGGUCAAGCGGUCAGGCAGAAUUUUCCACCAUUUGCUAUUUAGUAGCGUCCUUCUUAAAAUGAAUGAAGAGUUCAUAGAAAGUGAAUAUCAAAGUCUCCUGUUGCAGCUUCUAGAUAUUUAGUGGCUUGAAUGCACGUGUUCAGUGGGUGGCUGGAGAUGGACGUAUGUGGGAAGAUGUGAGGAGUGUCUCUUCCCUCCGAAAACACGUUUCACCACUUACCCCCGAUAUUUAAUACCACAAAAUGCUGCUGGUUCAAUGAUACUGUCGGUGUGUGCGUGAGAGUAUAGAUAUUAUUUUUGUAUACAGCGCAGAAAUGUAAACGACAUGGUAGAUUUGUACAAGGAACACAAAUGCACCAUUUUUAUUUUUGAUGUGUCUUCAACUGAAAAGGCUUUGUUACUGCUGGAGAUGUUCCACGUGUGCCAGAAAGGAAGAACAAUAAAAAACAUACUUUGUGACACUGAAAGCACAGCGUUUUUGUUCUUCUUGGGGAUUUGGAUGAAAGGAUGGAUGAGUGUUGCAGUUUUGUCUUUUUACUUUACUUUUUACUGUUUUGUCUUUUUACUUUACUUUUUACUUUCACUUUUUAGCAUGGCGUGAGUUGCUUCAUGUAUUUUUGUUCUUUAUUCAUGUACUAAUAUUUUCCUUCAUUUUGCAGCCAAUAAUGCACGGACAUUAAGUACAAAAUGGUAGCUUAUCCAAGACUACAUAUACUAUGUAUACAA